AACACCUGCCCGCUUGACCCCCAUCUCAUUUUGGCACAACCGACGACAGCUCUUCGGCACGACACUGUUAUAGGGACUAGAUUGCAUCGUAGUCCUGUGCAACUGGACAGCUACGAGGCGGUAGAAUAUGUCAUUUUGUCUCGCCCUGACUUUUUUCGUGGCAACUUCUCGAAAUGAAUCCAGCUAUUUCUCUUGCGAUGCUGCCAAUCGUUAAUCGACAAGACCUUGAACACCAUUGGGAGUUCAAGCGGAAAGAGGACCGAAGCGACGGCCUCUGGUGGCCUGUCGAGCGUGUGCCGAGCAAUGUUUACACCGACCUGCUAGCCAACAAUUUGAUCAACGAUCCGUGGGUAGACCUCAACGAGCUUUCGGUCCGAUGGGUCGCAGUCUGCGGCUGGAUGUACAAAACGGAGUUCGAUAGUACUUUGAGCCCAGCGAUGCUCAGUGCCACAAAGACACAGGUUGAUAUGGUAUUCGAAGGCCUCGACACUUUCGCCGAAGUCUUCCUCAAUGGCAAAUCCAUAUUGAAAUCUGAGAAUAUGUUUAUGUCGUACCGUAUCAACAUCACGAAAUACCUGAAGACUGGAGAACCAAAUCAACUUCGUAUUGAGUUUGAUUCUGCCGUGCGUCGGGGCGAGGCACUGGUCGAAGAACAUAAAACGGAACACAAUUUCAUUGCUCGCCAGACUGUGGAUAGCCGGAUACCUGUUCGGAAGGCCCAAUACCACUGGGGCUGGGAUUGGGGGCCAAUAUUGCCAGGAACAAGCGGACCGUGGCGACCAGUGUAUCUCGAGACAUACUGCGUCAGGAUCGAUGACGUGUGGGCUCAGAGCUUUGUCAGCCACGACCUGCAGAGAUGCACCGGGCGACUGUUCGCCAGAAUCAUUGGCGCCAAUACUCAGACAGACAAAGUCGUUUUGUCACUGUCCUUCAGCGGCGUGGUCUUGUUCGAGGAGGAAUGCAACAUUGAGCAAGAUGGCAUGGCACAAUGCCACUUUGAAAUUGUAAACCCGAAGCUCUGGUACCCGCGUGGAUAUGGACAACAAAACCGCCACCAGAUCAAAGCAUACCUCCCUCGUGAGGCCAAGGUGGCCGAUGACGAUGUUCAGACAUUUCGUCCUUACAUAGUCCUGCAUGAGAAAUCCAAGUUGAUUGGCUUCCGCAAAGCUGAGCUCAUCCAGGAACCCGAUCUUUUUGGACAUUCAUUCUACUUCCGAAUCAACGGUAUUGACGUGUUUUGUGGCGGGUCGUGCUGGAUUCCUGGAAGCAGCUUCCUCUCACAGAUCACGGCGAAGCAGUAUCGCGAGUGGAUCGAGCUACUGGCUGAAGGAAACCAGACGAUGGUGCGAGUAUGGGGAGGUGGCAUAUACGAGGACGAUGCCUUUUACGACGCUUGCGAUGACCUUGGCAUCCUUGUUUGCCAGGACUUCUGUUUUGCCUGUGGAAGCUAUCCAGUUUACCCCGAGUUUCUUGCCUCCGUUGAUCAGGAAGCAAGGCAAAACAUUCAACGACUGAGAACCCAUCCAUCUUUGGUUUGUUGGUUUGGCAGUAACGAAGAUUAUCAAGUCCAAGAGCGUUUCAAACUAUAUUAUGACUACCAAGACAAGGAUCCUAAGUCAUGGUUGAAGUCAAGUUUUCCGGCUCGUUAUUUGUACGAGUACCUUUUGCCGACGGCCGUUCAAGAUGAGGACCCCGGUGCCUUGUAUCAUCCAACCAGCCCUUGGGGGGAUGGGAGGAAUACCGCGGACACUACUGUUGGUGAUAUCCACCAAUGGAACAUUUGGCACGGAGAUAUGAGAAAAUACCAGGAGGCUCAUCUUCUCAGCGGUCGAUUCGUCAGCGAGUUCGGCAUGGAAGCUUAUCCUCAUAUGUACACUAUCGAUACUGUGAUCAGCAACGACAAACAAAAGUAUCCCGGGUCAAAGUCGAUGGACUUCCACAAUAAAGCCAUAGGUCACGAACGACGCCUUUUAUCCUACAUGACGGAGAAUUACAACAUCAAUUCAACUUUAGACGAUGACCAUGAUCUACUACAAUUCAUACAUCUAUCCCAAAUGGUCCAAGCUGACACGAUGGAGUUUGCUUACAAGGCGUGGCGAAGGCUUUGGGCCGUUUCUGGCUCUCGCGUGUGCGGCGGUGCUUUGGUCUGGCAGCUAAAUGACUGCUGGCCUACGAUCUCAUGGGCAGUGGUGGAUCAUUAUAUGAUCAAGAAGCCUGCGUUCUACUCCAUCGCGAGAGCCUUGAAGCCUUUGGCAAUAGCCGUUUUGAGAAGGAGUCCCGAUUGGACCCAGAGCAAGGUUACGGAUGCGUUGGACGUUGGACACGUGGACCUGACACUGGAUUCCGGAGAACCUACACAUUUCGACGUCUGGAUAGCCAGUAGCGGGACUGAAUCGGUGGAUGUUCGAGUGAAAAUUCGGUACAUAUCUAUCGCCACCGGUAUUGAUGUCGAACCAGCAAUCAUAAAGGAUACCGUAGCACAUCCCAAUUCAACCACUGACGUACUCCUUGACCAUAAGUACCCGGCCCGGCGACCCGACCUGCGGUCGCCCAACCGUUGUUGGGUUGCGGAUGAGGAAGACCCCUGUGUCAUCUAUGCGAGUCUUCUGGUGGAUGGGGAGGUGGUUUCAUCCGACGUGGCAUGGCCCCAGCCGCUGAAAUACAUCGACUUCAGCAAUGCGGCCUUUCACGGCGAGAUAGACCAUAACUCACGCCGAAUCGACCUCAUAUCAGCUCGGCCUUUGAAGGGUUUGGUGUUUGAGGAAUUGCCGGGCUUACGCUUUAGCGACAACAACCUUGACCUUGUGCCAGGUGAACGGAAGGUUGUGCACUACGAGGGGCCGGCGAUUCAAGGAUUGAGAUGGAUUUGUGUCGGAGCAAGAGGAUUUCUGAUGCAACCUGGAUAGUAUGGGCACAUUGGUCUCCAGCUUGAUUUGCAGGAACCAGAUGGGCAGAAGACGAAAGGGUUAUCACAUAUGUACAAGUAUCAGUCGGGGUAGAGAGCUGGCUUGACCCAUAGCUAGCCAAAGAGAGGACAUCCGCAAAGUGGAAUGAGCUCACGGGAAGAUACGGCGUUCCCUUCC